CACCGCCGCUCUCACGCGUGGCCCUGCCUCUUCGCGCAGCCCCGCCCCUCCCGCGCGCAGCGCGGCCGCCGCCACCGAGCCAUGGCGAGCGCGGUGCCCCCAGAGCCUCGCUCGCCGGGGUCAGGCGGGGAGAGCGGCGGCGGCGGCGGCGGGCGGGAGCGGCCCGAAGCGCUGCUGCAGCAACAGCAGCAGCAGCAGGAGGAGGAGGAGGAGGAGGAGCGGGGCGCGGCGGCAGCAGCAGCCGGGGCUGCGGAGCCGGCGGCGGCGCUGCUGGGGGAGACGGGUCUGGCGUUGGGCUGCUGCGUGGCUGCGGCGCUGAGCUGGGAGCGGCCGCUGCACAGCCUGGGCGGCUUCGUGUGCGCCAACCUGCUCUUCUGGCUUGUUGCACUGACCUCUUGGAGGGUGUAUCAUCUGACUUCUCUCGUAAUGCUUGGAAUACUAGUUCUUCAGAUAAUAAAGGAUUUGGUGUUCUCGAGGGUAAAAGGUGCGUGGCUUUGGAGGACCAUCACUAGCAAACCUGACAUCCUCGGGACAAUUCCUGCUGUCUUGUGCAGCUGGAGUAUCAUCAAUUCCAGGCAAGACUACAGACCCAGAAUAAAUCAGUGCAUUUCAGAAACACUGAUGAAUUUACUUGUAUUUCUUCAAGAAAUGUCCCACUUCAAGGAACAAAACCCUGGCAAGUUUUGCCUACUAGUCUGCAGUGUAUGUACAUUUUUCACUGUCUUGGGAAGUUACAUUCCUGGAGUUGUCCUCUCCUAUGUCCUGCUAUUGUGUGCCUUUUUAUGUCCCUUCCUUAAGUGCAAUGAAUUUGGACAGAAAGUGUGCACCAAAGUUAAGACUGUUCUGAUGAAACUAGAUUUUGGAAUAGUGGAAUAUAUCAACCAGAAGAAAAGAGAGAGAUCUGAAACAGGAAAAACAAAACCCACAGAAGAUGACAGUGAAUUAGACAUAUCAGCCCUGUGUCCGAAGGUUAGUCCUGCAGUUGUUGCCAAAGAGCUGUCAGUGUCUGACACAGAUGUAUCAGAGGUAUCUUGGACCGAUAAUGGGACCUUUAACUUAUCCGAGGGGUAUUCACCACAGACAGACACAUCUGAUGAUUUUGACCGACCUAGUGAUCAUGAAGAAGCUUUCGCUAGAGAUCUUUCAGAAUUUCCUUCUUUAGAAAAUGGUGCCGGAACAAAUGAUGACGAUGACUCAAGCAUUGGUAUGCCCAUCCAGCAAAAACAAAAAAAAGAACAAACGUAUUUCAAGGCAGAUCAUGCUUCCAGACAAGAGAGACCAUCCACUGCAGGGCUCUCCUUGCCUUUGACCAGUGACCAAACCUUUAACUUAAUGAGUGGAAUUGCUGGGGAUGUCAUUGCAGCUGCCGUAUCUGCUGCCAUCAAAGACCAGCUGCAGUCUGCACAGCAAGCUCCUUCGCAUGCAGCGCCCAGUUUGAGUGAGGAGACGGACACAGAGGAGGCUGAUGAUUUUGAACUGCUUGACCAGUCUGAGCUUGAGCAGAUUGAGAAAGAAUUGGGACUUUCACAAGGCCAAGAAGCAGAAUCCCGGGAAAAGAAAAAAUCUUCAGGCUUCCUUUCAAAUCUGCUUGGAAGUCAUUAACUGGAAAUUACAACUGGUAACAUAGGAAUUAAAAAUAAAAUACACAAAAAAAAUCAAAUGCAAAAAAAAAAAAAAAAGGAAAAUUCUGAGCUGUAAGCUUUAACUAUCACUUUAGAUGUGUUGUAAUAAUUUCCUUUAUGCAGAGUGAAUUAACUGGAUAAAUAUCAGCUGAUACUGAUAGUUUAAUGUUUAUGGUAGUUAUACCUCAAUGUAAUAGCAUGGAAAUGAAUUAUCUAUCCACAGUUUGGUUGCAGAUGAGUGUUGGAGGUCAGUUAUUCAAAAGAGUUGCUUGAGAGCGUUUUUUUAUCUUUUUACCAACCGUCUAUUUUGGGGUCCUGAGCCAAAUUUUCAACAUUGGUAGUUUAUUUACUCUUGGUUGCCAACCAUGUAAAACAAUUAAUGAUUCACGUAGCAAGUGCGUGUUAUCAGAGGACUGCAAUGAGAUUAACUAAAUCUCACCUCCUUCAAUCAUACCAAAAAGUAUGAAUCCCUGCACUUAGCAUUAUGUGUGGUGCAUCUACUGUAUAUGAAACACAUUAACCAGCACAACUAUAGUUUAAAUGUGUGCAACACUAUCAAAGAACUUGAUUUCAUACUUAAAACCUUUGAAUUAUUUUGGAUAUGGUGAUGCAUUUCCAAGUUCUUUGCUGUUUUAGGCUUGUAGAGUUGUAAAGUGGCAUGCCUGCUGUGUUCCUUGAUGGAGUCUGGUCCUUGGCAGUAUUGCCCAUGUGAAGUCAGCCAACACAUUUUUAUACUGAAGAAUUAAUAUCACAUGAACCGAACAACCUUUUUGGGAGCAGGUAAGGGGUAGUCAUUGUUUGAAAUAGAGAUUAGAGAUUAAAAUAAUGAAAGAAAAGGCUUUUUUAGGUGCCACUUCCUUAACUGAGAAUUCUGUGGGGUUAGGGUUUUUUUCCCCCCAAGACAGCUACCAUCACUUGCAACAAAAGUCCUCUUGCAAGCUGAACCUUUUAAGAUACUUAAAAAUAUUCAGUGAGGCCAUUUGCUGUAGAAGACACUUUUCUUCUUGGCAUAUAAUUUAAAACAAAAAAGAACUUGUUUAAAUUAUUUGCCAAUUGAAAACUCCACACAUGCUUAGUGAGUGGCAUGGGAUCUUAAGCAUGUAACUUACUUGACUUUACUAGGGCUUUUUUGUUCACCCAUGACAAGGUUGAAUUGUAAUACCAAGCAAUAGUAAUCAAAGAAAUAGGAAGAAGUAAAGCUAGUUUUUAUAAUGUGAUGUAAACUGUUAGCAAUUUUGAGGGACCAUGUCAGCUGCUACUACUACUCGAGUGAUUUUUCCAUUUGCUGGCAUUUGAAGAGGUGAAUACUGUCAUCUGGGACCCUCAAAAAGUACAGCAACAGAUAAGAAUCUUCCACUAACAUAUAUGUGUAGGUAAACCUGUGUUUGAAGUUAACUCCAUUUUAAUUUGUUUUUCUUUCUGAGGUGAAAAAUAGGCAGAUGGCCAAAAAGAUUGUAGCGAAAGGAAAGAUGUUGACAAUUUUUGACACUAGCUUUAUCGUUGCUUGUGCUUUCGUGUCAGUAAUGCAUAUUGACUGUAUUUGCUGUCCUUUACCAGUAAAAAAGUGAGCCUGUGCCUUCAUUAUCAAAUCCAUUACAAACCAAGUGGAUGCUGGAUAUAGAUUCCACAAGAUGCAGCUUUUGAAAUUACAACAUCUUAACAUGAAAAGCAAGUUUCUGGAAAUCAUAAAAAAACAUGGCCAAAUCACUUCCACAGCAUUGGUUGUUAAGUUUCCGGUUUAGCUUCCCCUAGCCUGACCUUCCUAUUCGAAAUAAAAGAAGUUUUUGCUGGAAACCAGUAAGUUUAAAGGCCAUUUAAAUUUCUCAGAUGAGUUAAAAGCCUCAUUUCCUUGCUGCAUGUUUAGGACAAUCUAUAAAGAUAGAAGAGUACAACUUCCAAGUUGCUGAUAAAACUUUGUAGGACACCAAAACAACUGUGUGCUUCCUUGUACAGGAGUAUGGGUGCCAGGAGAGGAAACUGGCUAUGGGACAGGAAGAGGUGGGAGGGAGCAGUCCUUCGCAGGCUUUCCUGGAUAGGAUUGAUGGGCUGGACUAGCUGGCUGUCAAUGGUGGCAUUACAACAGUAUGCACUUUAUUGUUGUUUUAGGAAGAAUACUUGUGGUUAUAAAAGUAUGUAACACAGGGGCACUCUUCUAGAAUAAUAGAUUAGCUCAAGAAGGAAAAGCAGUUGGAGGAGUUUCUCAGACUUUUUGUAAAUGAUCCAUUUUCUGGUUUCAAGAUAGAAAAACAGACUGAUCCUUCUCCAGUCUGUUCUCUAGUUUCUUCUUCCAGAAAGAAAAACAAAGCAAAACUUGAACAAGCAAAUCAUUAAAGUUUAGGAGCAUAAUUGCUUAUUUGUCUUUAGAAUUUUAUUUUUCUGUUCUUGUGGAAGUCAGUUACAUUCAAGCCCCUAAAUACUGUGUAAUGAGAAGGAGGUAAUUCUGUAACAUUUAAUAUUUCUUCUUAAGUAGUGGAAAGAUGCUUGGGUUUCCUGCAGAAAAUUACCUUUUCCCUCCCGAACAACCACACGUAAGAAACACUUUGCUUGGAUACAAUACAUUCCACGGCCAGCAGUUUGACAGCAGAAAAAAAAAGAAUACAUUUCCAUCCUUGGCAAGACCCCUUCCACACUGCCUUCAGUUGGAAAUCUCUCAAGAAACCUUCACUUUGCUAUAUUCUAGCAGCGGCUAUGAAAUAGCAACUACUUAAAAAAUUUCCAUCACAACGGUCCACAAUACCUUUCCUACCGAGCACUGGUCAUCUCCUUCCCAUCUUCCAAAACUGAAUACGUGGACAGGAAGAAAGGCAAGCAAGUAUGAGGUAGCACAUAGUGUUGAGACAUGCAUUUGUUCCAUGGAAAGCCUGCUUGCAUGCAGUUUCCAGUCAAAAGUACAGUCAACAUAGAGCGCAAGAUCACAGAGUUUGAACAUGUGAGGUGAGCCAGUGCCAUGGCAUAAGACAGAUAAUGAUCUUGCCGUGGGAUCAUUUCUGCGUGCGUAAUCUUGUGUGCUCUCACCUGGUAGUAAAUGGAAGGUGCCAUGUAUUUUUGCAGUAGCGUGGUUAAGGUGCUCACCCUCCCUUGCCUUGCAGUGGCUUCGUCGCGCAUCCCUGCUGGAAGGAAACGUGUCAAGACUGGGUCAGUGGGAUGCAGUUCAGCAAUUCGUACUUGGAAAAUUUCCUCUUGCAUUAGUACAUACGAGUGGCAGAUGGAACGGUCUUCAUUUGUUUGGUGGCUUUAAGUGUAUCAAAUCCAGCAUAAAAGAACUUAUGUCUAGCACACAAGGGCUUUCCAUGGGUAUGUGCUGCACACCCACUCACCAUUCUUCAGUUUGUUCGUAAAAACAAAUAUUCUAUGCAGAGGAGGGGAAUUAAUUUUCACCCACAGUAAUAGGAUCUGAAGAUAGACUCGUUUUACUUGUUUUUCGUUUGUUUUGCACUUUUACCAGACUGUUUGAGCCUUCUGAACAAGCUCCCUGUAGUUUCUAUGUCUGUUCCCAGCACAUGAGCAGCGUAACAGUCUGUAAACAGCUCUGAUCCGGGUAACCAGAAACUGGAAAAUUACAAAAUGUCUUUAUUUAAAAUAUUUCACAGCACUUUACCUAGCCUGAUUACUAUUUUGUAAACACGGAAUUAUUCUAUUGAUUGUUUGUAAACCCAUUUAAUAAAUAUGUGUUAGUUUUUAUCUUU